AUGGACGCCAAAAUCUCAUCUCAAAAUCAAAAUCAGAAUAAGGUAUUACACGUAUCAACCACCCUUUACCCACAAUUCAAACUGCCAGAUGACUGGGUCGUCGGGCGACGCUGCCGCAGCAAACGAGGCAACCGCCGUAGAUAUAAGGACAAGGGAAGUGUGUGGAGAGCAACACUCGCUAUCUCACCAAAUAUGGUGUCAAACACCGUAGUCCUAAACAAUGACUGGUACCCAUUUGGAGCUGCGUGGAAGUUGCAGAUUUUGUAUUUGGAAGUUCUUCCUGCGAAUUGCAUGUUGCGUGUGGAACACUACAUUGAGCCGGAAACUGGAAAGCGGUUCCAUUCCCUGAGAUCUGUUUCGAAAAACCUUACAGAAGUGAAAGAACAUACAGCUACACUGGAAGCACUAAAAGCAGGAGAUCAUUUUAGUGUGAGUAAAGAAUGA